AUGGAGUCUGGCAAACGUAGUAGAAAUUUUACAGAAAGAGAGAAGAUGCUUCUAAUUGAAGUAGCCAAAGAAUUUGUGGCUACAAUUGAUAACAAAAAGACGGACGGGACAACUGUAGAGGCUAAGAAGCAAUCCGAGCUGUACAAGACAGGAGCACCAUAUUACACCGUAGAUAUUGUUGAAACACAACAGUUAAACAAUAUGCAGAAUUCUUCUCAAGAAGUAUUAGGUGCAAAAGAAGAUUAUAUGCAUCAACUUCCAAGUUGA